CUCGUCUAAUACGGAGCCAGUUGUCACAUAUUUACAAUCUGGCAUACCGGUUUGUCAUCAAAACAUAAAAUGAAUGUAUCGUGCGUGAUAUGUAGUGAGUUAUUGACACCAUCCGGCGAUAUUUGUUGUACAUUAUGUGGGCACAUAUUCCAUUAUGCGUGCUUGCAGUCGUGGCUUAAAAGGUCAAAGACUUGUCCACAAUGUCGGGUAAAAACAACUAAUCAGAGAAUAAAGAGAAUAUAUCUCAACUUUUCAAAUGAUGACAACGUCGUAAAAGAUUCUGUAUCCUUGCAGAACGAAGUUGACAUCUUGAACGUCCAGCUAAAACUAAGAAAUGACGAGCUUAAUAAACUUACAAAGGACAAUGUUAAAUCGAGGAAUGAAAUAGCUCACUUAAAACAGAAAAUUUUUGAAGUUGAACAUAAAAUAAGUAGCACAAAUAAAAUAAUUCUUAUACAGAAAGGACAGAUUAAAUGUUAUGAACUACUAUGUUCAAACAUAAAGGAAGAGAAUGAAAAGUUGAAAGAAAAAAUCAAAUAUUUCCAAAAGGAACUUGGCAGCAUACAUGAGUUGGGGGAAAAAUAUAGAAAUGAACAGCAAAAAGAUAUGCAUGUUUCCAAAAAAAAACAAUGUUUAGUACAGGAAUGUGGCAAACAAAAAAUUGAAAAAAAAAUUAAAACGCUGUGA